ACGAGUGGAAAAAGAUAGGAAGAGAGAACAAACGACGGAUUAUUAAUUGCGACUCUGGGAAAUCCAAUGUGGUAGGCGGUGGAGAGUUUCUUGUUCCUCACCGCCCUUGGGGCCCAACGGAUUUCCCGACCGGGUAAUCCUAUUGUCUUCAUCUUUCCCCCCUUUGCGCUGCCUGCCCCUCCUGCCUCAUUUCUCGCUGCAAUUUCACUCGACAGACUCACCAUGGCCGCUUCUUCGCAGAACAGCCAGGUUUUCCGUGCCACUACCACGGCUCCCGUUAACAUUGCCGUGAUCAAAUACUGGGGAAAGAGAGAUGCCACCCUGAACCUCCCCACUAAUUCUUCCCUCUCCGUCACCCUGUCCCAGCGCUCCCUCCGCACUCUCACCACCGCCUCCUGCUCUGCCAAAUACCCCACCGCGGAUGAACUCAUUCUCAAUGGCAAGCCUCAGGACAUCCAAUCCUCCAAGCGUACCCUCGCUUGUCUCUCGAACCUGCGCUCGCUCCGUCAGGCUCUGGAAGCUGCGGAUGCAUCUCUCCCGAAAUUGUCGGCUCUUCCCCUCCGCAUCGUGUCGGAGAACAACUUCCCUACCGCUGCCGGUCUCGCCAGCUCUGCUGCCGGCUUCGCUGCUCUUGUUCGGGCCGUUGCCGACCUAUACCAACUCCCCCAGUCCCCCCGCGAUCUCAGCCGUAUUGCUCGCCAAGGAUCUGGCUCCGCUUGCCGGUCUCUGAUGGGUGGCUACGUGGCGUGGCGCGCUGGUGACCUCACCGAUGGAAGCGACAGUCUGGCCGAAGAGGUUGCGCCUGCCUCGCACUGGCCCGAGAUGCGUGCGGCCGUUCUGGUGGUCAGCGCCGAGAAGAAGGAUGUGCCUAGCACCGAGGGAAUGCAGACCACGGUCGCUACGUCCAACCUCUUUGCUACGCGGGCCACGUCGGUCGUGCCCGAGCGGAUGACAGCCAUUGAGACUGCGAUUCAGAACAAGGACUUCCCUGCCUUUGCGGAGAUUACCAUGCGGGACUCCAAUGGCUUCCACGCCACCUGCCUGGACUCCUGGCCCCCGAUCUUCUACAUGAACGACGUCUCCCGUGCUGCGGUUAGACUCGUGCACGAUAUCAACCGCGCCGCUGGUCGCACGGUUUGUGCCUACACCUUCGACGCUGGCCCCAACGCCGUGAUCUACUACCUCGAGAAGGACUCCGAGCUCGUUGCGGGUACGAUCAAGGCCAUCCUCGGCGCUAGCGCUGAGGGGUGGGACGGUCCCUUCUACGAGCCCCUGAAGAACCUCACCGCUCCCGGUGUGUCCCUGGAUAGCUUGGACUCUCGGGCCGUGGAGGUGAUCAAGGACGGCGUCAGCCGCGUCAUCCUGACCGGCGUCGGAGAGGGUCCCAUCAGCGUGACUGACCAUCUCGUCAGCGAAACCGGUGACAUCCUUUCUCAGUGAGGUGUGUCAGACAGGCCUGCAUGAAACGGGUUUUGUCGUAUUUGGAAAGCCUCUUCUCCGUUUGUGAUUCGAGCGCCCUCUUGCAUGAAGGGAUUCAGCUGAGAGCAGAUACCCACCCAUUACCAUCUUCUUUUCCCUUGCAUUCUUUGCUGUCGUGUCGUACAAAAGUGGUUCAACCCCUGCUGUACGCCUGAUGUUUUCCACGAAACAGAAAUUGGAUAUGUUUUUUACAUAUGGAAAUACCAUAAUCUCUAGAUUGGUUUUAAUUUAAUUUUGUCUAUAUAAAUCCGAAU